GCAAGGAAGCCCAGGCUUUGCUAGCAUCGAGAAACUCAAGUACUGGCACUUUGAACCGAACGGCGACGAGCCAACACCGGAAGAGCAUCAUAGGGAGUCCAUGGCCAAGCUCGUGAGCAGGUUGGUUUACACAUGUAACCACCUACAGUCCGAGCUGGCAAACCUACAGCGGGCCGUGCGGAAUCAGAAGACUCAGCACGAGGAUGCCACACGGGCACUGGACGCUCGUGUACUGGACCUGGAACAGGCUAUACCAGAACCAGAUGCUGGAGCUUCCAGCAGUACAUCCUCUAGCCGCCAACUGGAGGAACGCGUUGACCACGUAGUGGCAAUGCUAGGAGACAUAAGUGUCUUCACAGAGCCGGCCACCAUCAACCAGCGGUUCGAGUUGCUGGACACUAAGAUCAGUCAGCAACAGCAGUCUGACCACAGCCACAACAACAGCUCGGCGAGGCCAUACAAGAUGCCGACGUUCCGGAUCGAGAAAUUUGAUGACUACACACAUCAAGACCCGAUCGUCUGGUGGCAAGGAUUUACAACGGAGUUGGGGAUUCACGAAGUCCCUGACCAUCUGUUCAUCAGUGCUCUGUUCAUCAACACCAAGGGAGGUUGUCAGAUCUGGCUCAGCCACAUGGCAACCAUCCACGGCAUCCAGGUUUCAGACCUGUACAAGAAGGUCUCCUGGGAAGACAUGACAAAGGAAUGGAAAAAGCGGUUCAUCGUCGACGACGCCCCGACACUCGUCGUCAACCCCAUCUUCACGAUGGCUCAAGGGAGCACACCGACACGUGACUGGCUCACGGAUUGGCAGAAAAUCGUGGCGACGCCCGAUUUGGACUUGUCAUUUCCACAUCUGCGGCGUCGCUGCUGUCCAGCCGCGAAGCAACAACAAGUCCCGCAACAAUGGGAAGGCGAAAUCCGCAUCGCAGGCCGGAAAUGGAUAGCCAAGACAAUUUCCAUGGGUCAAGUUUGGCUUGACCGAGGCGGAGUACAAGGUCCGCGGCCGCUAGGACAGUUGCUAAUGGUGCAACAGCACCAAGCACAAGAGAUCCCUGUGCCAAGAUCAGGGCAAGGAGGAUGUGCGACCCCGCCUCAGCUCGGGAAACUGAGCUUCGCGGAAGGUGAGGCGACUCCACCUUCUACUCCGCCAGAUUCGGCCGCCUUGCUAGUGGCCUCCUGCACAUCUGGGGAGGAUGCGAAUGUCGCAAGUCCUCGGUAUACUUACGAGGAUUAUGCUGUCCACUUGGUUCCACCGCUGGACCAACCGCUCCACGUGCAACAGUCCACCGCAUGCACGGUUUCAUCACCAUCGGCAGCCGAUUCGACAGCUUCGCCGCAAUCUAUCGUCGGGGAUUCGACGUCAUGGUCAAGACUUGUAGAGCUCGACCCAUUGACGUUCACGGACUUCCAGUGGAUGCCCGUUCCCUCGACCGGACGAUUGUCGAAACCGCAUUGCAAUGUGCUCAUGGCACAACUGCGGGACUACUUGCACACUGCAGUACCAGCUCCGUUGAUGGACGCCGGAGCAGAGGUUGUCGACCUUCACGCUUACAUCGCGAAGAUCGACCGCGAGUUCAAGACGCAACGGUACGACGACAUCGACGCACCAUUGCUAUACGUACGCAUUCAAAUUAGAGAGGCGACCUGCAGUGCCUUGAUCGAUUGCGGAGCAUCUUGCAACUACAUCAGCGAGAACUUCAUGGUACGCGUCGGCCUUGGCCCACGUGUCCAGAGGAAGUCCCAUCCUACGCAAGUCACUCUGCCAGACGGUCAUACGCACAAGUCCAUCGACCGGUGCAUUGACGUCGUCCCAGUGUACUUUGCCCCUCACGCAAGUGAGGCGGUGUCCUUUGACAUUCUGGACACCAAAUUCGACAUGAUCUUGGGCAUGUCAUGGCUGCGAAGCGAGGACCACCCGGUGAACUUCUACCGCUGCACCGUUCACAUCCGCCCGCACGGAGUAGUACCGGAUCGACCCAUCCGCCACGAGAUCAUCCUCGAGGACGGGGCCGUACCUCCGUGCGGUUGCAUCUACCGAAUAAGCGAGGAAGAGUUAAGUGUGCUUCGGGCACAACUCGACGACCUUCUGGAGAAAGGCUGGAUUCGGCCUAGCUCAUCGCCAUACGGUGCUCCCGUUCUCUUCGUCCGGAAGAAGAACAAGGACCUGUGGUUGUGCAUCGAUUAUCGCAAGCUCAAGGCGCAGACGAUCAGGAACGCCGGCCCUCUCCCAAGCAUCGACGACCUUCUCGAGCGAUUGGGCGGCGCCCAGUUCUUCUCUAAGAUGGAUCUCAAGUCAGGGUACCACCAACUCGAGAUUCACAAGGAGGAUCGCUACAAGACCGUGUUCAAGACACGGUAUAGGCAUUUCGAAUGGUUGGUCAUGCCAUUUGGCCUUACGAAUGCCCCAACCACUUUCCAAGCGGCUAUGACGACGGAGUUCCGACACAUGCUGGAUAGUUUCGUACGUAUCUACCUCGACGACAUUCUGGUUUACAGCCGGAGUCUGGACGAGCAUGUGGAACACCUGCACACCGUUUUGGAGCGGCUACGACAGGCCAAGUACAAAGCAAACCGCGACAAGUGCGAGUUCGCACAGCAGGAGCUGGAGUACUUGGGACACUAUGUGACGCCGCAAGGCAUCCGUCCGCUUGCGGACAAGAUCGAGGCCCUACGAGUAUGGCCCGAGCCCACCAACACCACGGACGUUCGUUCAUUCAUGGGGUUGGCGGGCUACUAUCAGCGAUUCAUCACCGGAUACUCCAGGAUUGUUGCACCUAUAACGAGGUUACAAUCGCCAAAGGUGCCAUUCGUAUUCGAUGACGACGCACGCCGGUCAUUCCAAGCACUUAAGACGGCUAUGCUCAUGGCACCCGUCCUUAGCAUCUAUGCCCCCACCCUGCCGACGCGAGUGACUACGGACGCUUCCGGCUAUGGCAUUGGGGCUGUCUCUGAACGGCACGACGGCGACGACUGGCACCCUGUGGAGUAUUUCAGMCACAAAGUGCCUCCCAUCAACUCGCUUGACGAUGCAAGGAAGAAGGAGCUGCUCGCAUUCGUGAUGGCUCUCAAGCGCUGGCGGCGCUUCCUCCCUGGGCGUCGUAGGUUCACAUGGGUCACAGACAACAAUCCAUUGACCUACUACAAGACGCAGGACACGGUUCUCGAAGGGUUUCCUUCGCAUCGUAACUACCCGAGUAAGAUCGGAAACAAGCAAGGGGAGCCGAAGGGGGGGAGGGAAAAGGAAAAGAGAACAGAGAAGGGAAAAAAGCAGAAGGAAGAAAAUCGGCGAAGCACGGAGCAUAAGAAGAGGGGAACCGCACAAAGGGAUUCGCCGAAAUCGCCGAGAAGCCCAAACUCGUGAAAUACUUAUUCCCACAAAGCGCACCGAAUGACAACAUAGUAAAGCGAUGCGCUUGUAGCGCACAAAAGAGAAACUGACAAAAAAACUUUUUUAAUCAAUUUUCAAAGACGGA